GAUUUUUCUCCGUCUCCCUCGAUCCAAUCCGCGACGGACGCCCGCUCGAUCCGCUAACAUCAGUCAACAUCUCGGCGUUUUUCGACUUUUCAACGUAGCUGUCGUUAGCGCCUUAAAACGUCGUGUUGACAGCUUUGCUUAACGUUCAUCCGAGUAGCCAAGACAACGCAAACCAGACAAUUUAUGUUAUGUGAAAAUCAGUUUUAGUCGUAAUUUUAUUGUCUAACUGUAAAAUAUUAAAACAACUACCAGUGGGUUUAGAUGUAACAUCAGCUAUGAUCUAUGCCCGUUUAAUUGCGGCGUUCUUACGUUCACAAAAGGCAACGGCAAAUUUGAACUAGUGGAGAACCGCCUCCUUUUCAUCAUCACCAAAAAUCACCAUUCCCCGUUGAAAUGAAUAUAAAUACCAUUAAUCUGUUCUAGUCUAUGUAACGUUAUCACAAAAACAAAACAAAAAAUACAUGCUGCUCAUUCUGUUGUGCAUGUGUUGGCCACCUAUGAGUCGUAUAAUCAACAAAACUCGUAUACAAAAUUUUGGGUUGCAAGUCAAAGGAAAUAAACAGAACAAACAAAUGAUAAACUCGUUAGUCAGGGUUAUUUCCUCCUUUUUGCCCACCCUGAAUAAACUGCAGUGACACCUGUUUCCAUCAGAGUCACUCCAUGAUGGGCAUGGCGGUGGUCCAGCUCACGUCCCAAGCCCACCACAAGAAGCUCCUGAACGCCCUGCACCACAUGAGACUGCAGGGACAAUUUAGCGACAUAACUGUGCAGGUGGACUACCAAGGCCACUCACAGGCAUUCCAGGCUCACCGAGUGGUCCUCGCCGCCUCUAGCGGCUACUUCAGGGACAUCCUCCUUUCCCCGGAAGGCACGACGGACCUCGUCCCUCUUUCCAACAUGCUCCCGAGUGACUUUUCGGAUUUUUUGGAGUUUGUGUACACGGGUAAGGUGGAGGUGGCCCAAAGCAGGGUAGCCGACGUGGAAGCGGCGGCCAAGAUUUUGGACUGUGAGGAUCUGGCCAGGGUUUGCGGCGAGAACAGUACAUCCGGGUCACAUGCGGGAGACGAGUUAUGCCCAGUGACCGAGACCGGCAAAAAGAAGACACUGUUGAAACGUCAACCGGCGCCAAAAAGCUCGGAGCGCAUUUCGAAAAGAACCCAGCUGAAGACUACCAAGCUUAAAAUGAGCUUGGGUGGCCGCAAAGUCCUGCAGAGGUCUAUCCCGGCUCAAGGUGAAGAAGUGUUUAACGCCGAAGAGGAAGAUGACUACAUGGACGCGACCUCGCCCAACUCGCCUAACUUUGACAAGGACGUGCUGAGUCUGAGUGAAGAUGAGGAACCCUUGCUGUUGUCGCCGAGCGAGGACGAAGAAGAAUGCGUGGCCGAGUCCAAGAGUACCUCGAAGUUCCUGUGCAAUGAAUGCCAGCGGAGCUUCCACUACGAGAGGAGCUACCUGAAGCACAUGAGUCACUGCAGCGCCUACCACGGAGUCAAAGCCGACCUGGUCUUCCGCUGCGAGACCUGCCUGAAGACCUUCUCGAACCGCAGCAAUCUGAGGAUCCACGAAAAGCACGUCCACAGCACCGAGCGCCAGUUCACCUGCAAAGUCUGCUCCAAGACCUUCAAGCGCAAGAAGGACGUGGUCCGUCACCACAAACAGGUGCAUGACCCGCGUAUACACGAGUGCUCCGACUGCGGUAAGUCGUUGAGCUCCAAGGCGUCGUUAAUGCUGCAUAAGCGGACGCACAGCGGCAUCAAGGCCUUCGUCUGCACCGAUUGCGGCGCACGCUUCACCCAGAAGUCGGCCCUCAAGAUGCACCACAGGAUUCACACGGGUGAGAAGCCCUUUGCCUGUGACGUGUGCGACGCACGCUUCACCCAGAAAAGUUUGCUGGCCUACCACAAACGCUCCCACACCGGUGAGAAGCCCUUCAUGUGCGAGGCCUGCGGGAAAAGCUUCGCCUCCAAGGAAUACCUGAGGUACCACUCCAACAUCCACACCGGCUCCAAGCCGUUCAAGUGUGAGGAGUGCGGCCGCGGCUUCGCCCAGAGGAACUCCCUCCGGCAGCAUUUAACGGUGCACACGGGCGCACGUCCCUAUGGCUGCACGUACUGCGACAAGCACUUCACGCAGCUCAACGCCCUCCAGCGGCACCAGCGUAUCCACACCGGCGAGAAGCCCUACAUGUGCGGCCUGUGCAACCGCACUUUCACCGACAAGUCUACGCUCCGCCGCCACACCACUACUCAUGAUGCCAAUGCUCCGUGGAAGAACUACCUGGUGGUCCUAGAGGGCAACGUGGAGGAGAGGAAACCCAAACCUCAAAGCAAGGCAGGGGCGCCGCUAGAGAAAAAGAACAUUGGUAAAAAAGGAUCCCAAAGCAACGUUACCUCCGGUGCUGACGACCUCGCCGCCUUGGUGGUGCCAACCGGUGCGGGAACCCUGCCGCCCGAUCCGGUUGCCCCGCCGCAAGAAUGGGCCGGGCCGGGCGCCAUCACCCUGGUGAGUCACGGCCACCUGAGCGGGAUCGCCGUCAUCCACGCCGAGAUGCCGCCCGGGACUCAGGUGGUGACGUCGGACGGCGGCAACAUCAUCGCUUUGGACGGGCCGUUCGUGGUCCCUGUCGAGGCAAACUCCUCGGAGACCGCCGACGCGCUCCCCGCGGAUCCCCCCCUUGUACCGUCCCUCCUGGGAGAGGACGUGUCGCAAAGCAUUCUCGCUACCAAGGCGGAUGUGGCUCAGCUCGACAUUCAGACGGUGGUCGUGUCGGAUGAAAUGUGUAAAAACGCGCAAAUGCAGCAAAGGACACCAGAGACCAAAGACCAGGCCAAUCCCUAGAAAAUGACUGUCAACCCCAGAUUAACGCUAUUUAGAUUGUUUAGGCUGUUUAACGUGGCUGCUUAAUCAUGUCAUAAACGUUAACAAUAUUAAUAAGAUAUAGAAUAGCAGCAAAACUAGUGGCUGUCAGUCAGCCGCUCAUGCAAGAUAAAGAAUCCCAAAACACACUGUGUGAGACAGUCUUGUGUCCAGCAGGCCUUGGGCCUGGAUUAGACCAGAGAAGAUGCGGUUUCUCACAGUGGUACUAUAUCAGACUCCCGUAAAAUCUUGAUGUAUUAUGAUCAGACACUGGCAACACUGCACAACACAUAUUAUGAUACUACAGCAUCCUGUCUUUUCUGAUCAUUGGACUUUUAUCUUCUCAAAUCAAACACUCAGGUGAGCAGGAAUGGAAAAGAUGCUGCCACUGUGAGCUACAACUGUUACCAUGGCAACAAAA